GUUGCAUCUACAGAAUUGGUAAGACGUGUUAUCAGAAGCAGAAUCCUAGAAAUUGUUUAUUUAGUUGACAAAUUUGUUAAUAUUCGUUUUGAAAAUAGUUAUAAAAGUGCCUGGUAGUGUACAAAAUUUCAAUAUUCAAUUGAUUUCGCUUGGAUACAUUAUUGUUUCUUUAGUCAAACUGAAAAAACAAACUGUGCAAAAUAUGGUAGUGGCAUCUGAUCAAUGGAAAUUUUUUUCAGUGACUGUGUUUUACUGAACUUUCUGUUGCAAUAUUUGGUGUUCAAUUAAUUCAGUUUACACAAUCUCACAAACUUGAUGUGAAUAUAAUAAUCUGUUGCUGAAAAUCUGUGAAAGAAAGCUAUACACUUUAAAUUACGUCGAGACGACACAAAAGCUUUUCCACUUGAAAGAAUCAAUUUUAAGGCGUGACCUUCAACAAAAUAUACUGACUGCAACAGCAAAAAUGCCGGAAGUUUUGACAUUAUCAGGGCUCGCCGAUGCGGAGCCAGAUUAUACAACAUUUGAAAAUAAGACUGGACUGGCUGAAGACAUGAAGUUUUUAGCAUCUAUGCCUGAGUUGUGCGAUGUAACGUUUUUGGUUGGUGAUACCAGAGAGCCAGUAUGUGCCGUGAAGGCAGUUCUGGCAUCUCGUUCACGAGUCUUCCAAAAGAUGCUGUAUCAAGCUCCAUCACCGCAACGCAAGAAAGAUCCUCCGCCUCGAGAAAAUAAACUUCGUUUGUUCUUGAAACGAUCCUCCGAGCCAUUGUUGAAUCUCCAAAAUGCUGCCCAACAGCCAUCGGGCCAGCAACAUCAAACGCUAAUCAUUGAAGAAUUUGAACCAGAUGUAUUUCGUCAAUUGAUUGAAUACAUUCAUACCGGUUGCGUAACUCUUCAGCCUCGCACAUUGUUAGGUGUGAUGAAUGCAGCCGAUUAUUAUGGUUUGGAGGAAUUGCGUAAAGCUUGUGCCGGUUUCGUUCAAUGUUGCAUAAACGUUGAUACAGUAUGUGCGUUAUUAGCAUCAGCUGAAAGAUAUAUUCAGUACAAAUGCACAAAGAGCUUGGUACAAAAAGUCUUGGAAUUCGUUGACGAGCAUGGAAACGAGGUGUUGAAUUUGGGUAGUUUUACAUUGUUGCCACAGCAUGUUGUUAGAUUAAUUUUAGCUAGGGAAGAGUUGCGGGCAGAUGAGUUUACCAAAUUUCAGGCCGCUCUUAUGUGGAGUAAAAAAUAUUGUGACAACAAUCCUAACAUACCGCUAAAAGAGGUAAUCGGAAAUUUUCUGGAAUACAUUCAAUUCCAUAAAAUUCCUGCCAACGUUUUGAUGCGUGAAAUUCAUCCAUUGGGACUGGUACCAUAUGCGAUCAUUAUGAACGCAUUAGCGUAUCAGGCAGACCCAGCAUCUGUCGACCCAGGAAAGUUAUCACCAAACUCUAGUCGAGUAAGACAUCCACAUUCCAAACACCAUCAACCGAAAAUCCGAAAAGCCAAAUCACAAAGUUUCCGCACACGUCGAUCACCAUCUGAGCGAAGAAGCCCCAAUUCCUUCAUACCAUUUCAAGGGCCGUUGAAUUUGAAUGACAAACGAAGAAGUCCCAACUCUCAGAAGAGUCCCGGCAGCUUAUCGCAACAAGAAAGUAAAAGUCCAGGAAGUUCAUCGUCAAAAAGUCCAUUUUCUUUGUCGCGACAAGGAACACUGAGAUCCUCACAUCGUCGAAAGAACAGUAUGGGCACAUCGUUGAAUUUGAAUCCACCGGGCCGUCGGAGUCCAGCUCCCUUAAGUCCACAGGGACGGCGGAGUCCUGGUUUCCUCACGGCAGAUGGAAUGCGAAGUCCAAUUGAAUUCUCAGGUCUGGGACCACUGGAUAGAAAAUCACCUACAAGUCUUUUUCCCGAGCGUCUCAGCCCGACGUCUAACAUUCAAAUACAAGGCCGGCGAAGUCCAAUAGGGUUUUAUGAGUCUGAUAGAAGAAGUCCAACGUCAACAGUUCAUGUUCAAGAUAGAAAGAGCCCAACCAUAAAUGGUUUAGAUGAUGGAAGGCGAAGUCCUACCGUUCAAGUACAAGGUCGUAGAAGCCCUAUUGGAUUCUCUCAAGGACUUAUAACAUGUAUUCCAAUCGUCACACCUACCGACAAACGUAGCCCAAUGGGAAAUAUGCAAAUUCCACCGAUAACAGUUUCAAACAGCGAAAUGUCUUGGGCUCAUAUAUCAGAGACGUGCGUGAGCGUUGAUAAAACCGACAAGUCACCGGCAACGACUGAGGAGAAACCACCGUCUCCAGUACAGGAGCGUAAAGAGCGAAGCGUUAUUAGAGAAAUAAUCGCAUUCGUCCGUAAACCAUCGAAAAAAACGCCACCUACAACAGCGACGACCAGAACUGGACGAUUUGCGAACGCCUUCUCUCGUGCAGAAUCAGGUUCAGCAUCACCAUUGCUGAGACAGAGCACAUUUUCGAGUUCUCCGGCUGCGUCAAGUCGUGCUGCCAAAUCUGCCGUCACGAAACAAAUGUCUCUUCAAAGCAAAGUCUUAGAUUUUCCAUCCACAUCGGAGUCAAAAAUGUCCUUAAAGUUGCUGAAUUCCAAAAUGUCGUUAAGACUACGACGCACUACAACCGAUGACAAAAAGAAGAAAUCAAGCGGUGACGAAAUGAGCGAUAUGGAAAGUAGCGAUUCAAAAACAGAGUCGAGCAGUGCUUUAUUUGAAUUAGAAAAUGUAAGAUUUGAAAAGGUUGGGGAAUCGUAUAUAAAACAUGACAAAAUACGCGAAGAAACUUUAGAAGAUGCUAGUCCUAGUCCAGUUCAAGUAGUCGCGUUGUCAGAGCAGCUAGACUGUAAAACUGAAUCUGAGCACGAUGGAAACAAAAAUAUGGACAGAAAUGUUGAGCUUUUGAAAGAGUCUUUAGGUCCGUUCUUUGGUAAACCGCCGGAACCAAUUUAUGCCAAUUUACUAGAAAUACAAGGCGAGAAGAGUAACGAUCUACAAAUCCAAUGUCCAACAUUUGAGAUAAUGCCACCGUCACGACGAUCGUCUUUCGAUCCACCUCGAUCACCAUUCCUCGAAAAUUUGAAAAGUCCUUGUGACACAGACACUGAAUUGAUGCAUCUGAAUCGACUAGAUUCAGCUGGCGAUAGCUUCGAAAUGGUUGACACGGACCGGAAUCGCGAAUCCAGUUUCGAAAGUCGUUACCCAUCGUCAAGUUAUACCAGUUUCGAUAUUUCAAGAUAUCAGUCGACGAGUUACGAAGAUCAAACGUCGAGUUUCGAAAUUAUCGAUAUGGACAAUCCCAGAGGAAGCAUUGAUCAAAAGUCUCCGAUUGAUCUACGCAAAUCAUCGAUUGAACUCGUGAAUAUUGAAACAUUUCAGAGGUCAGAAAAUGCUGGCCGAAAAUCAUCCCUAGAAACACAUUUCGAGUAUCAAGGACCAGCCAGUCUGUCCACACCGAAAACUAAAAAGCAAAUUUCAGAACCGAAUCGCUGUAGAGACUGUUUUCCUAAUACAUUGGGCAUGCGAACACAUUACUCUGCGCCGAACCGGCCGAGAAGUCCGUUAUCUGCACAAACCUCGUCAAACUACAGUUCGCGAGACAGCUACGACUCUGGCUUUGAAUUUCUCAGCCAUUCUCGGACUUCACACUGUAAUUCAGAACUGAAGAGUCCAUUCUCCGAUAAAUCCAAACAACAUUUCCCGUUGACAGUCAAACAAAGUCCCGAUACCCGUUCAUUCCUCUGUACUGAUCAAAGAUGUGCCUCCAUAUUUGAACCACGUCCUGGACGUGUCACUGCUUCACAGUUAAUACCGAGCUCAAACGAAUUCGAACCGCCAUCUCCACGUAGAGCGGCAAGCGCUUCGCCGAAGCACACAUUCACAUUUCGAAUUGUUCUGAAAAAGGUGGAUAGUUCUCCAGAUGCCAUUUGUCCGUCAGCUGAACGGCGACGUAGUAGAGAUCGAAACGAAAGAUUACGACGUAGAGAUAGUCGCAAGAAGCGAAUGUUGGACAGCGGAAAAAGUUUCUAGACGCACGAUUAUUUCAACCAAGAAAUUUACAUAUGUUUUUCCCUUGUCGUUUUAAUUCAUAUUAUUCAUUCCCAUGACGUAUCACUAUCGAUGUUUCUACAUUAAUUAUUGUUUUUACAAUCCAUUACCGGAUUAAAUACAUAAAAUAUCGAUUCGAAUCUUAUAUAGCAUAGACAUUAAAUCAAUAAAAAUGACAAUCCAAUUUAUGUUUCGCACAUCUAAUUUAAGACAAAAAGUAAACGUUCCGUGUGGGAGAUUAACAUUCCCUCAUAGCAAUAAAGAAAAAUGAUAAAAAAAAAUUCAAAUGCAUUCGAUUUUUUAAUCACCGAGGAUGUGGUUCGGCAGAGUGAGUGAUGGGAAAGCGAAAUUAUUUUCUCAUUAAAAAUUAAUGUUUGCCGUAAUUUCAUUGAAAAAUAGGAAUUAGGUGACUCGGUGAUUAACGCGUUAAUCGGGUCAAGGAAGUUACGUAAACAAAAUUAAACUGAAGUUGAAAAUUCGUUCAUAGAGACAUCUUUAGAUCAGAGUAUUGGAAAAUGUAUUUCCCUAAAUAUUUGUAUAACCAGCCAUAUCAACAAAUACUUAGAUUAUACUGAUCGUUGCGACGCCCGUUUUCAAACAUUAAAUGAAAAAUAUUCUAAUAAUCACCCUUGUGUACUUAUCGUUAAAAAAUAUAUUUAAAAAAUAAAUUUAUUCAAAGGAAAAAGUCUCUUUAAAAAGCUCAAUUUAACCAUAGAAUAACCUCAUUUACGAUAAUUGUAAAUUGUUAAAACAAAAAUGAUCAUGAGAAUAUUUACCAAAAGUAUUUUAUCAAAUGUUAAAA